UCAUCAAGUGGAUCAACAAUACGAAAAGGGUGGUUAUUCUGGAAUGUUCGAAACGUCUGAACGGUCAAAAGUUAAUCCUGACAAAUCAAUCUUCAUUAUAUGUACUAGAGAUUUUUCAAAAGAUCUUGACGUUGAUAAGCUAGAUAUUGUCGUAAAGACUUUUUAUCAAGGGGUUGGGCCGCAACAACAAUUAGCUCAACAAAUACUCACUCAGUUUCAAGAAAGUCCAGAAGCAUGGUUGAAAGUUGAUGCUAUUCUAGAUAAAUCGAAAUAUUCGCACACUAAGUUUAUUGCUCUUCAAAUCCUCGAGAAACUUAUACAGACUCGAUGGAAAAUUCUUCCCCAAGAACAACAAAUAGGAAUUCGCAAUUUUAUUGUAAACAUAAUUGUUGCUACGUCUGAUAAUGAACAAUCACUUAGAAAGGAAAAAACAUAUUUGAAUAAACUUAAUUUGAUUUUAGUGCAGAUUUUGAAACAAGAAUGGCCACAUAACUGGCCUCAAUUUAUUCCAGAAAUAGUGAGUACUGGACGAUCAAAUUUAAAUAUUUGUGAAAAUAAUAUGGCUAUCCUCAAAUUAUUAAGUGAGGAAAUUUUCGAUUAUUCAGCCGAACAAAUGACACAAACAAAAACAAAAAAUCUGAAAACACAGAUGUGUCAUGAAUUUUCUAAGAUAUUUGAACUAUGUAAUGAAGUUUUAGAAAAAGCACAUCAAUCUAGUUUAAUUAAAGCGACACUAGAUACCCUUUUAAGGUUUUUAAAUUGGAUUCCAUUAGGUUAUAUUUUCGAGACGAAUGUUAUCGAAAAUCUAAGGAAUAGGUUCGUAGAGUCACCGGAGUAUAGAAACGUUACGCUAAAAUGUCUUACAGAGAUUGGAGCAUUAAAAGUUUCCCACGAAUAUGAUGAAAAAUUUAUUGCACUUUUUAACAUGGUCGUGUCAUCACUCACUACGAUGAUACCUCUUUCAGCCAAUAUUGCAACCAUUUACAAUAACAGCUCCAACGAAGAUCAGGAACUUAUUCAAAAUUUGGCAUUGUUUUUGACAAGCUUUUUGAGCGCUCACCUAAAGAUUAUGGAAGUCCAACAGGAUAAACAGGGUCUUAUGACAGCUCAUUACUACCUCCUCAGAAUUUCGCAAGUCGAAGAACGUGAAGUAUUUAAAGUUUGUUUAGAAUAUUGGACGAAGCUGGUCGCAGAGUUAUACGAAGAAAUACAACAACUCCCUGUUCUUGAUAUGCCUUUACUUUCUCUAACUGGUGCGCCAUCGCCGCCAUCUGCUCUUGUCAAUAUUCCAUUAAGAAAGAAUGUGUACUCUGAGAUAUUGUCCAACUUACGGGUUAUCAUGAUUGAUCGUAUGGUGAAACCUGAAGAGGUUUUGGUCGUUGAAAAUGAAGAAGGGGAAAUUGUUCGUGAAUUUAUGAGAGAUUGUGACACAAUCACGCUGUACAAAAGUAUGCGCGAAUGUCUUGUUUACUUGACUCAUCUGGAUGUUGACGGAUCUGAAUGGUCCUGGAACAAUUUAAACAAACUUUGUUGGGCAAUUGGAUCCAUUUCUGGUGCAAUGAAUGAAGACACGGAGAAAAGGUUUCUGGUAACAGUAAUCAAAGAACUUUUAGGUCUUUGUGAACAAAAGCGUGGAAAAGACAAUAAAGCUGUUGUAGCUUCAAACAUUAUGUAUAUUGUUGGUCAAUAUCCUCGUUUCCUCAAAGCUCAUUGGAAAUUCUUAAAAACAGUAGUCAAUAAAUUAUUCGAAUUCAUGCAUGAAACGCACGAAGGUGUUCAGGAUAUGGCUUGUGAUACUUUCAUUAAAAUUGCCCAGAAAUGUCGUCGUCAGUUUGUUACCCAGCAACAAGGAGAAAGCUGCCCUUUUAUAGAAGAAAUCCUAAAUACAAUCGAAAUUAUUACCAAAGAUCUGACCCCACAACAGGUACAAACUUUUUAUGAAGCUGUUGGUUACAUGAUUUCAGCUCAACCAAAUAAAAAUAUUCAAGAACGUCUGGUUAUAUUAUACAUGGAACUCCCGAAUGCUGGGUGGGAUCGCAUAUUGGCACAAAUAAGCCAAAAUCUCGACGUCCUUAAUUCUCCUGAAAACACCAAAAUUCUUGGUCACGUACUCAGGACAAAUGUAGCUGCGUGUAAUGCUGUUGGUAGUGGAUUUUCAGUUCAAAUCGCUCGUAUAUAUGUUACUUUGUUAGAGCUAUACAAAGCAGUCAGUCAGCUCAUAUCGAAUACUGUCGCCCGCGAAGGCUUAAUUGCCACAAAGACUCCUCGUAUACGUAAUUUGAGGGUAAUUAAAAAAGAAACAUUGAAAUUAAUGGAGACAUAUAUAACUAAAGCUGAAGAAACAAGCCAAAUCAUAACACAUUUAAUGCCGCCUUUGUUGUCUGCUGUUCUUAUUGAUUAUAACACAAAUGUAGAGCAAGCAAGAGAUGCGGAAGUUUUGAGUUCAAUGGCCACUAUAAUUUCAAAAUUAGGGGCUGGAAUUACGAAUGAAGUUCCCGCGAUUCUCAAUGCUGUUUUCGAAUGCACGCUUAAUAUGAUUAAUAAAGAUUUUUCCGAAUAUCCUGAACAUCGUGUUGGAUUUUUCAAAUUGCUUCGUGCCAUUAACCAACACUGCUUUCCUGCACAGUUUAAACUUAUCAUGGAUAGUAUUGUUUGGGCCUUUAAACAUACAAUGCGUGAUAUAGCUGAAACUGGGCUUAAUAUCUGCUUGGAGUUAUUGAAUAAUAUAUCAUUACAGGAUACAGCGACUGCAAACCUAUUUUAUCAACAAUAUUUUCUUAAUCUUUUGCAAGAUGUUUUCUUCGUCUUGACUGAUACGGAUCACAAAAGUGGUUUCAAAAUGCAAUGUAGUGUACUUCAAAGAAUGUUUACCCUUGUGGAGUCUGGUGCUGUGCAAGCACCACUGUUUAAUCCUUCUGAAGUGAGCGAUCCGACAAUAACAAACCAACGGUUUUUGAGGGAAUAUGUAAUGAACCUAUUACAAAAUGCAUUUCCUCAUUUACAAACCGCUCAAGUUCAAGCUUUUGUCAUUGGCCUUUUCGAAUUAAACCAGGAUUUUACCAAAUUUAAAUUACAUUUACGAGAUUUCCUUAUUCAACUUAAAGAAUUUGCUGGGGGGGAUAACGCAGAUCUAUAUCUUGAAGAACGAGAGGCAGAAGCUGAGCUUCGAAAGAAAACAGAAAUGGAAAAUGCAUUGAAAAUUCCGGGACUUGUGAAACCUUCAGACUUACCGAUGGACGAAGAAGAAUAA